AUGAAUUGGUAUUAUGAUAAAAAGAAACCGCCUUUAGCUGCGGAAAAUUCUAAAAAACCACCACAACAACCAAUUAGAAAGAAAGCACUGGGUGAAAAGAAACUUAGCAAGACACGUUUACAUAUUAAGCAUGUAGAAAGCGUACAACAUGAAGGGAAAUUCAAACCUGAACCUACGCCUAGAAAAUCACCAUCCAAAGGCAAUCGUUUGCUUAAGGAAGACAUUGCGAAAAAUAAACAAUUAAAAUCACGGGGAGAAACCGAAACCAGUCACCCUUUAGUGCAGCAUUCAGCGCAUCGCUUCGAACGAGAAAAUGUCCCAGAAGUGCCUAUACAUCCCACCAAAUUACCCCAUUACAUGUAUCCAGAAACACCACCUUUUGGCGCUCAUAGCAAAGAACUCGUUCAACAAAACGCCAAACCAAAACCUUCACCGAUUAAAGAGAACGAAGUGAAAACUAAAAAUAAUUCUAAAAUAAAUCUGUAUAUAGAAGAUGCACACUGCAGUCAAUUGCCAGCAAGUGCAGCGACUACUACGACCGUACAAAAACAAUUAAACGCUGCCACUUUGGAAGACGAUCAUGACUCGGGUAUUGCUAUGGGCCGGCGCAAUCCAAUAGCAGAAAAAAAAGC